CUACUUGUAUAAAGCUGUUUUCCUGUUUUGUUGACGUUUUGGAGAUUAAUCUGUUCUGAAGGAAAGGGGGACCGGCCGGGAGGAACCGGGCUGCGGUUUGUGUAAUACCGGCUCUGCUAAAUGGGCGAUCCCGGCUCGGCUCUGCUCCGCAGCGAUAACAGCAGCAGCAGCAGCAGCAGCUUUAUUAACAAUAAUUUCUCCUUCUGCUCGUCCUGUCCUUCACUCAAACGCGCUCACAGCCCGACGAAUGUGGUUUUCGACAUCCUCAAUAACAACUCGUCUCUCUUCUUCCCCCUUCCAGCUCGGCAAACCAUGCAGGAUGAUUUACUGAUGGACAAAAGCAAAGCCCAGGCUCACCAGCAGCAGCCAGACCCAGCACCGAGCACCGAGCCACCCUCCACCCCGACCCCCUCGUCGGAGCCGGCCGUCCCGGAGGACAGUCCGUCCGGCCAAGCCCCGUCGCGGCCGAGCGGCAAGGAGAAAGUGGCCAUGGAGUCUCCGCUCCUUCCCGGCUUGAGCUUCCCCCAGCCGCCGCAGGAGACCGUGGGCAGCUCGCUGUGGUCCUCGCCGACCACCACCAACACCGUGGACGAUAGCUUUUUCCCCGGGAUCCCCUCGGUCAACGGCACCAUGCUUUUCCAGAACUUCCCACACCACGUCAACCCGGUCUUCGGAGGGAGCUUUCCGCCUCAGAUCGGCUUGGCUCAGUCUCAGCAGCACCAACCACCGCAGCAGCAAACCCAGCCUCAGACCCAGCAGCAGCAGCCUCAACCCCAGCCCCAGCCUCAACCGCAGCCUCAGCCCCAGCAGAGGCGGUCUCCCGUCAGCCCCAACCAGGCUGCCUUCCCCCAGAGGACCGCGUACCCGCACCAAGCCGUGCUGAACAGCAAGGUCUCCCCGGUCUCCUCCUCCUCCUCGUCCGCCUGGAAUAACCACCAGAACGCGGUGUGGAGCUCCGGCUCUAGUCCCUGGAGCGGCAUGCAGGCGCCGCGGGACCCGCGCAGGGCGGUCGGGGUGGGAGUCGGUGUAGGAGUCGGUGUCGGGGUCCCGUCUCCCCUAAACCCCAUCUCCCCCAUGAAAAAGCCCUACCCGAGCAACGUUAUCGCCCCGCCGAAAUUCCCCCGGGCCGGACCCCUCAACCAGAAGCCCUGGAUGGAGGACAACGCCUUUAGAACAGACAACAGCAACAACAUGCUGCCGUUUCAGGACCGGAAUCGGCCCUUUGAUCCAUUUAGCUUGCAAACUUUGGAGAAUUCCUUAAUGGAUAUGAUAAGGACUGACCAUGACAAAGGUAAACAACACCCUGUCGGGGGGCCCCCAAUGACUAUCGCUGAUAUUGUAUGGAGGAAUCAUUUUGCAGGACGCAUGGGUUUGAACUUUCACCACCCAGCAGCUGAACACAUAAUGCCACUGACCAGGAGCUAUGGUCGCAGAAGAGGUCGCUCGUCACUGUUUCCUUUCGAGGAUGGUUUUCUCGAUGACCCUCAUGGUGACCAGUCGCUGACCCCCGGACUGAACUCGCCCACUCGCUGUCAGAAUGGCGAGAGGAUGGAGCGCUACUCUAGGAAGGUGUUUGUUGGUGGACUGCCUCCAGACAUUGAUGAAGAUGAGAUCACAAACAGUUUUCGGCGCUAUGGACACCUGGUGGUGGACUGGCCUCAUAAAGCAGAAAGCAAGUCCUACUUUCCCCCUAAAGGUUAUGCCUUCCUGCUGUUUCAGGAGGAGAGCUCUGUUCAGGCUCUCAUAGACGCCUGCAUUGAAGAAGAUGGAAAGCUGUACUUGUGUGUUUCCAGCCCCACAAUCAAAGAUAAACCAGUCCAAAUCCGCCCGUGGAAUCUGAGUGACAGUGACUUUGUGAUGGAUGGCUCUCAGCCUCUGGACCCCCGCAAGACCAUCUUUGUUGGAGGGGUUCCACGACCUCUGCGUGCAGUGGAGUUGGCGAUGAUUAUGGACAGGCUGUACGGAGGCGUGUGCUAUGCUGGCAUUGACACUGAUCCUGAGCUAAAGUACCCUAAAGGGGCGGGCCGAGUGGCCUUCUCCAACCAACAGAGCUACAUCGCUGCCAUCAGCGCUCGAUUCGUCCAAUUGCAACACAACGACAUCGACAAACGGGUGGAGGUGAAGCCGUACGUGCUGGACGACCAGAUGUGUGAUGAGUGUCAGGGUGCGCGCUGCGGGGGUAAGUUCGCCCCCUUCUUCUGUGCCAACGUCACCUGCCUGCAGUACUACUGCGAGUACUGCUGGGCCAGCAUCCACUCCCGCGCCGGCCGCGAGUUCCACAAACCGCUGGUCAAAGAGGGAGGAGACCGGCCCCGCCACGUCUCUUUCCGCUGGAGCUGAUGGAGGGAGGGGUCACUCCCCUCCAACCCCCCUCCACCACCACCACCUCACACCGCCCCCACCCUCAACCGCAGCCCGGAUCAGUGCUGACCACACCUUUCUCCCCAAGCAACCGACUAACCACCACCACCAUCACAACUACAAGCAACGACUACAGCUACAGAAAAUAACCUGGUCUUUUAUCCUUUUCUUUGUAGGAAAAGAAAACAACACACAUAAAAAAAAGAUAAUCAUCACAGCUCUUAAUACCAUUUUGUCCACUAUACUCUCCACUCGCUAAUGAACUUUCGGACGAAUACGAAAUGUGAGAGUCCUUCUGCUCAGAAAUUGCACUUUGGCACACAUGUACACAGACCACACUUGAUGAUAUUGUUAGCUAGGUUGUGAGAUUACUGUUCUUUUUUAAAUUUAUUUUUGUUGUUUUAUAUUUUAUUUUUAAUUUCCUUUUUUUUUCCUGAUUUGGUCAGUCAGUGUUCCCUAUAACCUAUAGGAUACCAUUAGACAAGAGUGAGACUAUAAACACACCAACAUAAAACCUAUACACACACAUAUAUAUAUAUACAUUUAUAUAUAUAUUUAAAAAAAAGAAUAUAUUUUUAUUUUGUAUAUAUCUAUAAACACAUAGAUACUUUUGGAUUUUUGUGAAAGGAGCAUGCACUUAUUUUCAGAGCUGAUUAGAAGUAGAAGACUGCCCCUAGUAGAAGACAAUAAGGGAGGGAAAGAUUAAAAAAAAAGUACCAAAGGUGAAACGUAUAUUAAUUAUUAAUAAUUUUAAUAUAAUUAACAGUCUAAAAUCUAAAGAUAUAAUAGGUGAUGUAGCAAAAGAAAAUUCAGCAGUUCUAUGACAUUCUGUAGUUUUAAAAAGCAAAGAAAUUCACCCAAAUUAAACAAGAACAAUACACUUAUUUGCAAAUAGUACUAUUAUUAAUACCUCAUGUUCGCAAAUCAGAUCAGAUAUAUUUUUUUGGUUUCAUUUCUUUGUUUUCCUUUGCUUAUACUUUUUUAGGCCUUUUUAUUUUUUUAAAUAAUAUUAUUUUUUAGUGUUAUGUACAUGUAAUGCUGCAAUAGCUUUUGCUGCUAAAUCCAUGGUAUAUGAACCUAUACCAUAGUACUUUAUUCAGGCUAGGGUGUGGAGGAGACGAGGUAAAGGUAACGGCACCUGGUUGUGAGGUGGACAGGCUAGCACGGGAGGGGUGAAGAGGGGGUUCCCUUGCGCCCCUCCUGCCCCCAGGACCACCCUCUGUGGGGUCGGCGUUUGCCCCUUGAAACUGCAUGUUUAUCCAAAUCAGGUUGCUGCAUGCAAUAGAAUUUUUAGUAUCGAGUCUACUAUUCAAGUCGGCCCACUUUUGCACACCAUAGACGAACACACAAAGAGCACGAAUAUGAAAACUGGACAGGAGAGAGUUAGAGAGAGAGAGAGAGAGAGAGAGAGAGAGGGAGAAGCCUGAAACCUGGCCCGACUCUCUCUCUCUCUAGCUAGCCAGAGCUGAGAGUGGAGAGUUUGGAGAGCCAGAGACUACACUGCGAUUUACAAGGUAAAUAAAAUGCCUAGAUGUAGGAUAGCCUUCAAACACAACUGUCUCUAUAGUAGGUGAAGAACAUUUUUGCAGUGAUUGUUGAUUAUAUAAUUGUGCAAUUUUUUUAUACAGUAAUGUAGUUAGGUUUGAGUAUGCCUAGAACUGUGAUUCGCUUUAACUGUUAUUGAUGUCUAUCUAACACGAGUCCUGUGAAACUUCAUACCCAGUGUAUACAGCACACACACACACAUAUAUACACACAUACACACACAGUUUUUCCCUGGUUAUCGUCCCUGUCCCUUCCUUAUUGUCUCUCUCAAACAUACGCACGCACACACACACACACACACACACACUAGUUUUGCUACUUCUCACUCGCACAGGAUUUUAAGGACACAAAGUGUGAGCUUGACUCUGAGAACUUCAGACACUGAGUUCUCUGUGUGUACCAACAUUUUUAAAUACAUCUCCUCUUCCUUUGACCUGUCCAAGAAGAUAAAGAUAAAGAAAAAAAAAACACAAAAAACAAACCCACCAAAGAGCUAUACUUACACUCAGACCACAGACCACACCAACACACUACUGUUCCCUUCACUAGAGCUAAAACUGUGAUGCUGCCUUCAAGUCAACCUCGGAAGCUCGUAACGUAAUCAGAUGAAAAAACGCAAACACCCUGAGAAAUGUGCUGUAUUUUUCUUUUUUUUUUUUUCUCUGAUCCAAUCUAUAUGAUUGAUUAAUCCAACAACUACUGCACUCUAACAGAGAGCAAAAUAAGAGCCUUAGGUGAUCUAUUGGAUCAUAUUAUUAUCAAAUAAGUAGCUAGCAUCUACACAUCUUCCAAAAAAAGAGAUUUAUGCACAUCUAAAUGAGAGUAAUCCAUAAAAAAUAGAAGUAAAAUAGGUUUUCACUGGUAAAUAUAAGUUUGAUACGAUGUUUCCGACUUGAUUUAAAGGCAGCGUGAGUGUGUCAGGCCAUGUCAGGCUUAUCUCAAUACCCUACACCCCUGACUACACUAGCCUGACUGAAGGACACUGAAAGAACAGAACAACAAAAAGAAAGAAUAGUGGAGGCUGAGCUCCCUCAAACCCUACUCAUAUACCCAAGCUGAAACAGUGUGUCUGUAGGGCAUUGGAUCAACAUUGCCAGAACAUUGUGUGCUUGCUGCAUUUAUAUAUUAUACAGAUAUUUUUUUUUCUCCUGCAAAGCUUGAAUAGAAACAACCUGCUAAUAACAAUGGUGGAUAUUUUUUUAAUGAUAUAGUCUAUGGUUUUGGGCGUGAUAGGAUGGUAGGGGAGGGGGGUUAAAGGAAACCAAGUAUUGGCUGCUGACCGAGGAGGGGAGCGCUGAGUCGGGGGGCUUAACUAGGGGAGCCCGAGGCUUCAGCACACACGUUAGUGCUAACGGCCUCCAAACACUGAGAGCACGUUGUGUGUGUGUGUGUGUGUGUUAUUGUGUGUGUUAUUGUGUGUGUGUGUGUGUGUGUGUGUGUGUAUGUAUGUAUCACAUCCCUGUUCUCAUUUAGUGUGGACAAAAAAAAAAAACUGCAGCCCAGGAUUUUAGUAAAAAAAAAAAAGAAUGGAACUUUGUGUUUUGUUUGAGAUAAUAUGGGGAAAAACUGAUUAAAAAAAAGACUUUUUUUUACUGAUGGAGAGAAAAUCCCCCACAAAAAGACUAACAGAGUCUAAUGAGUAACAGUGAGAAUCCCUACAGACAGUGAAAUUCUGGGUGGUUUUGUGAUAUUUCCUUCCCUGCCCAGGAGGGUUUUUCUAUAUUUGUUCCUUUUCUCUGUAAUAGACAUUUGUUAUGCACUACUCUUUGUAUCUGGAUGGUUAGCUAUCAGUCAGCUAUCUUUUGUUUAGUUUUUGUUUCUUUCGUGAGAAAGAGAGAGAGAGAGAGAGAGAGAGAGAGAGAGAACUAGAAAAUGUGUGCUUUCUGACUGACCUGAUCUUUUGCAAUACCUCAAUUUUGAAAUAUAAUAGGAGAGAAAUUGAUAUUUUCUAAGUAAGUUUAUUCAAAUACAAAAUAUAUAUUAAUUUAAAUUUGCAGGAAAAUGAUUUAACAGAUGGUUAAUUUUAUUUUUGUCAUGUUUAUUUGCUUAUACAUUUAAGUUUAUUUUUUUGAAAAAUAAAAAAUGCAACAAAAAAAAAAAACAAGCAACUGAAGGAGCUAGAGCUUUAUAACUUUAAUAUAGUAAUAGUUAGCUGAAGUAUAGAGUCUAUGUUGAAACAGCGAAAAAGGAGAAGAAAGAUCAUGACCCUCAAGAAGACGUGACAGUGUUAAAACAAACAAAAAAUAAAUAAAUAAAAUAUAAUAAAAAAUCACCUCUUUUAAACUCCACCCCAGCAAAAUAAAUAAAAUAAAAAAUCACUGA